UCUAUUGGACUUAGGCAGGUCUGGAGGAGAACAGUGAGGCGUAAAUCCAGUAUGGAUGAGCUGGCAAAGCGGACAGCCACUGUGAGUCUAGAGGUGGUAAAGAGGAGAAAGGGAGACGAGAGAAAGAGUUCGGAAGGAGGCAGCCCCAGACUGUGCUGCUGCCACUCAGGGGAUGGCGGAUGCUGUUAGCAAGAUGAAGAGGACUAUGAGACUAAAACUAAGCUGAGCAUUGCGAAGAGACCUGCCAAUCAUCCUCCAGCUUACUGACCCUCACCAAAUGGACCCAUUUUGUUUCAUUUCGGGUUAGAAAGGAAGUUUAGGAGACAAACAACAAGAAAGAGACAGAGGCCUGCACUAAGGCCAGUGUGGGGACCAUGUCUCAGUCAGGCAAGAUCCUGCACCUGUAUGUGGAGGUGAGGUCUGUCCCGGAGGAAGGGGAGGAGUUUGGGGGUGGUGUGGAGGGUAUUCACCCACUAGUGCUCCAAGGGCCUGACAUCCUACCUCAGUCCCAGCACACGCCCAGCCACUCCACCUGUACCUGCACCUCCACCCCCAGCCCAGCCUCCAUGUCCCCAGGGGGGGUGCAUAAAAUUGGGGGCAGCAGUCCCAGCCUCACCCCCUCCAAGUCCUCCUCCAGACACUCUGUCAAUUUCCAGCUGGACCUACCGGACAACUCAGGACCACCCAUCCACCACAGGCAGAGUCUGCCUUACGAGGGGAUUGGUCAACUGCUCUCCACUCUCCAGCCUGCACCCAAUGGGCCACAGUAUGGAACUCUGGUGCGUGCCCGCUCCUCAGACAUUGAGCACUACCACGGGAGGGUGCCCCUAUCCCCUGCCUCCUCUGGGAGAUUAACUGCCCCCUCCACUCCAACCAGUGGGUGCAGGUCCUACGAUGGCUCUGGUGUGGGGGAUGGGGGCAAGCGCUCUGUGGUCAGCUUUAGCUACGUAGAGAAAGCCAGCAUUAAGUCUGUGGACAGCCCCCGCAGUGCUUUGUGCCAAAGUAUACCUGAGAACCCCUUCAGUAGAGGCAUGGAGGAGAGGUAUCUGCCUGCCCACCUCAGGAAGAGGCUUAGUGACCCUGUGUGGUCGGACAGCUGGCAGCCCUCCGGUAGCUCCAGCCCCAAACUGUCCCCCAGGGGCUCCCCCUGUCUCCGCAGGGCCACUCUGGACACUGUAGCCAGAGAAGCCACCUACAGGGCCAUGGAGGAAUUUGGCACCCCAGAACUGAGGCGCAGACUGGCAGCCUACAGGCCAGACCAGAGCCCCAGCUUGCCCCGGCACUACCAGCAGCAGCCCCGCUGCAAGUCCUGGGGUGGGUCCCCGGUCCUGCCUCAGGGUGCCAAAACGCUGCCCGUCAAUGCACACCUCAUAGACCCAGACAGGAACCCUGGUUUAAAUGGCCUCCCCAGAAGCCCAGCUUCUGACCAGCUCUUCGUUCAAGCCAGGCAGUCUUACUACAAAUACACCAUGUCCCCCUCGAGUGUUCGCCACCACCAUGGUGUCCAUAACAAGAGGCUGGACCUGGGGGAUGAGAGCCCCAGGUUGUCCUCCAAGUUUGGGGAUGAGAGCCCCAGGUUGUCCUCCAAGUUUGGGGAUGAGAGCCCCAGGUUGUCCUCCAAGUUCCACCUGCCUUUACCUACAGGGAGGCCCACUGCAAUCCAGCAUGACAUACCAUCAAGCAUGAUUACCAGCACCUCAGCCUCUUGCAAUCAGAGGACUAGCAGUCACACCAGCAGCCACACUCCUAGCGAUAGCCCCUGCUUACCCAACAAGGUCAACUCCAAACAGACAGGUCAGUCAAAUGGUAGCAAGCUGGGAGAGGGAUUGAACCAGACCAGUGGCAGGAGAAGUAUCUCCCAGGCCACAAGCCCUGACAUGGCCUGUAAGCUGGCAGAGGAGGCUACCAAGCUUCCCACCAUCCUCAUGGACAGGAGGACUCCCUCCCCCACCCCGUUCCAGGCUGACUCGGCCAGGUCAGAGAGCCCCAGGCCUGGCUACCUCUCUAGGGAGUCUCAACCCUAUGCCACCCUCCAGGGCACGGGUUCUCUAGCGCAGCACCACCCUGAAGCUAACAGUAACACCCACCUCCAGGACCACAGGUGGACAGACAAGGAGUCUCCUAGUGCUGGACGCCACUCCAGAGAGUCCAGACCAGGCCAAGGCUUGGGGCAAGCCUCUCCACUCCUACAGCAGAAGGGCAUCUCCUCCCCAGCCAUGCCAGUUAAGCUGCACCUAGUGGUGGAUUCCCACACCCCUAUUGUAGACCCUCGGCUGCAGAGAGCUGAGCUGCUGGCGAAAGACGGCCCCACCCUGCACCGCCACCAGCCCCCACAGUACAUGGGAGACCGGGGCUCCCCCGGCCUGUAUAGGAGACAGUACGACACCCUCUUUGACAGAGGGGGUCAGAGGGACAGCCCGGAGAGCAGCAGGCGCCUGGUUAUAGGCCUUGACGUGGAGCCACCAGACAGCUGGACCUCCAGGAUGCAGCAGUGGAGGGAGAAUGUGUCCGUUGCGGACAAAGAGGAGUCCAAUAGGGAGGAUCAGACUGCUGAUGGUGAUGGAGUGUGUGUGGUGACCAAGGAAGAGCUGCAACAGAGGAGGGAUGAUGCAGCUGUGUUGGGGUAUCAGAGGGAUAAACAUGGGGUAAACAGGGGGGAGACCCAGGACCAUAGCGAACUGCUGGGGUCUUCCCAAAGCUCCAGUGGAGUGACAGGCAGUCUGGGGGAAAGCAGUCAGCCAGAGAGGGACUGUCUGUCUCCAGAGACAUCCAGCCAGUCCAGCCAGAAGAGCAAUGACACUGAAGACACUGCUUCUGGGAUGCAGUCGGACAGCCGUUCCUCUGUGCUGGGCCCGUCCUUGCACUCCCAGAGGAUUGCCCAUGCCAAAUGGGAGUUUCUGUUCGGACAGCCCACAGAGGACUGCCAUGAUUCUAAAGACUCCUCUACAGCCCCCCCUAGGGGCACCUCCAGUGGGUCUCCCAAGCCCACCCCUCCCUCCUCCCUGCCCCUGAAGCCCACAAGUCACUGGAGGGGGCUGGACGAUGAGGGCCAGAGUUUAUCCUAUCACAACGUCCAACAGGUGGAGGUGGAGCUGGUGACUCCGCCCCCAGUCACUGUGGUUGGCAUCUCACCCAAGACGGGCAUCAUCCGGAAAACCAUCAAGUACUCUGAGACGGACUUAGAUGCGGUGCCCCUGAAAUGCUAUAGGGAAACAGACCUGGAUGAGGUAAUGUUAGCUGAGACCCAGGCAGAGAGAGAGCGAGAACAGGAGGAGGUGGAAGUGGACUCUGCCUUUGGGAGUAACCGCAGUGUGCUGGGCACCUUGUCCUCCAGCGCCAGUACCAUAGUCCGCACUGACGGAGAGGUGGAGGAGCUGGAGGAGGAGGUGGUGAGCUGGGCCAGUGUGAGGAUGCAGGGGGAUAAGAAGAGACAGCAUGCCACCCAGGAGGAUAAUCAGAUACACAGUCUGCUGCUGAAGGGUCGUCCCCUGGACAACAUAUCGGAUUCUCAGUCAGCCCUCAAGUCUCCCAUCUCAGUGACCAGCCCUCGCAGGACCUCUGCGGAUGGCCUGGACUCCUUCAGCCGCCACUUUGAGAGCAUCGUGGAGUCUCACCGGGCCAAGGGCACCUCCUAUAGCAGCCUGGACAGCGUUGACCUCUUGACCUCCAGCGGCCCGCCCGUUUUCACCUUUGACCUUCCCACCCUCACCCCUGAGAUCCAGAGCCGGAUUUGUGAGAGUGCGCGUCACAUCAUCGAGCUGAGUUUUGCCCCCCUGGCCCAUCCAGAGCCUCCCAGUGUGUCUGUCGCCGUCCGCUCUGAGAACACCCUGGCCCCCACAGGAGACGGGCUCAGCAGCUCAUCUGAGAAGGAUUCUACUUCAGGAGGGAAGUCCCGGUUGGAGAAAGACUCAUUGCAAACUAAGUCUAGCUUAGACUUGCCUCUCAUUAGGGAGAAGCCAGGCCACCGGGCUCCAGACCCGUUCCCACAGCAAGACUUGGGCGAGCACUUGGCCCUGGGCAGCACCGAGGCACUGGCCAACGGCAGCAAGGCUGACCUGCAGGCCGCCAAGCGCCUGGCCAAACGCCUCUUCAACCUGGAUGGCUUCAGGAAGUCUGACGUGGCCAGGCACCUCAGCAAGAAUAAUGAGUUUAGUAGGAUGGUGGCAGAGGAAUAUCUCAGUUACUUCAACUUCUCAGGCCUUACUAUUGACCAGGCACUACGAGCCUUCCUGAGGGAGUUUGCCCUCAUUGGAGAGACACAAGAGAGAGAGCGGGUGCUGGCCCACUUCUCUAGGAGAUAUCUACAAUGCAACCCCAAUGCAAUACCUUCUGAAGACGGUGUCCACACUCUGACCUGUGCCCUGAUGCUGCUCAACACAGACCUGCAUGGCCACAAUAUUGGCAAGAAGAUGUCCAUCCUGCAGUUCAUCGGCAACCUGGAAGGGCUAAACGAUGGAAAGGAUUUUCCUAGAGAACUGCUCAAGGCCUUGUACAACUCCAUCAGAAAUGAGAAGCUCCAGUGGACCAUCGACGAGGAGGAGUUGCGCAAGUCCUUUUCAGAGUUGGCCGAUUUGCGCACUGACUCCGCCUCCCACACCAUGAAGCGAAUCGGCAGUGGUCUAGGCGUGGCCCAGAAUCCUGAUGCCCUGAUCUAUAAGAAUGGCUUCCUGGUGCGGAAGGUCCACGCAGACUCUGACGGCAAGAAAACCCCUCGAGGUAAGAGAGGAUGGAAGACGUUUUAUGUCAUGCUGAAGGGAUUGGUCCUUUACCUGCAGAAGGGAGAGUACCGUCCAGAUAAGCAGCUGUCUGAAGAGGAUCUGAAGAACGCUGUGUCCAUCCACCACUCUCUGGCCAUGAGGGCAGCAGACUACAGCAAGAGGCCCAACGUGUUUUACCUGCGCACUGCAGACUGGAGAGUGUUCCUCUUCCAAGCACCUAAUGCAGAGCAGAUGCAGUCGUGGAUCACCCGUAUCAACGUAGUGUCAGCUAUGUUCUCAGCGCCACCCUUCCCUGCUGCCAUCGGCUCCCAGAAGAAAUUCAGCCGCCCGCUGCUGCCAGGCUCCAACACCAAACUGUCUCAGGAGGAACAAGUGAAAUCCCAUGAGACACGUUUCCGGGCCAUCUCCUCUGAGCUGAACGAGCUAACUGCUGUAAUUCCAGACAAAAAGGCCAAAGUUCGUGAUCUGGAGGAGCACAAGCAACGUGAGGAGUACCUGGAAUUUGAGAAAACUCGCUAUGGGACUUACGCCAUGCUACUAAGGUCUAAGAUCCGGAGUGGGGAAGAGGACCUGUCUUUGUUCGAGUCGCGCCUCUUUGACGAUGGGGGUCUCCAGAGGGCCCACUCCAGCCCCACUCUGCGGGAGGAGCACAGCAGCAGUAGCCAGGCCAGCAGUGCCAGGGGGGGGGCCAGCAGCAGUAGUUCCAGCACCAGGGGGAGCAGCAAGAACAAGCGCUCCGAGCCCCAGAGACACAGCUACAGACAGGCUGUCAAACAGUGAGAGGGACCCUGGAGGCUGUUGGGGUGGACAGGGUGGUUUAAACGAUUGUACUAUCCGUGUUGAUCGAUACACAGGGACCACUGGUGUGCCCGGUCUCCAUGACUGGAAAAUGGUGGGGAGGAGAAUGAUAAUGGCGGGGAUAGACCUGUUGCAUGCUUCUAUCCCGAGAAACCACAGACUCUGGAUGCUCCAGGGCUAAUGAUACAGUACAGUGGACACCCAUUUUACUAUACAAAUGACUAACUUCUGUGUGGUCUUACAUCACUGGUCAUAUCCACAUUUAUUUUAUUUGAAAAUGCUUUUGGACCAAAUUCUUGUUGACAGAUAAGAGACAGAGAUCUGAAUAUUACGUUAAAUCAGCCAUUAGAUCUGGUUUUGUUAAGAGGUGUAGGUUGUUUUCCCUCCACGAGAGUUCAGUAUCUAUCCAUUACAUCUAUGUCAUUACUGCACAGCCCACCUCUUGCCGACCAUCUAAGAGGGACAGAGACAGAACUGCAUCAGCUCAUCUAACUGUUCUCAUGGAGACUAAAGGGAGCCCGUGCCCAUGUCAGGACCCCUACCAACCCACGAUGCAUUUGGAGGAAACUGGAAGAAACACUGUAUUCUUCAUGAGACAUGAUCAAAUGGAAAGAAUAUAAAGGUUACUGGACAUAAUUUAUGAUGCUGCAUGCACAUACUAAUUUAGUUUUCAAAGUCUUUGCUAUGAUUUUGUUAUUCUAAGGACUUUUCUUGUGACAAACUGCACUGAUCCAGAACCAGGCCCUGUUUGAGUAACUGUGAAGCUCUGCUGGAUCUCAUUAUUUCUAAAGACCUUUUACACAAAUCCGCUAUGGCACCGAGUGAUUUGUCAUACUAAUGGGUUGAUGAAGUAGAUUGAUCACACAGGCUGGCUAUCUGUCAGUUUAAUUAACUUUGAAGAGUAGGAGAACUGCAUGCAUAUCAGGAGAAGGAUGACUCACUCUUCGAGGACAUGCUUCACUAUGAUAUCAAAAGACAAUUGUUUUUUUUUAUUCUUAUGUUAUUCACAUGGUGUUUUGCAUUUGUACAACUGAAAAUGAAACAUGACAGAAAGCUUAGUUUACAGUACAUCUCAGCUGUAUGUCAAACACUCGUUUGAAAGUGAUGACAAAUUAAUUCGAAUGUUGAUUUAAAUUCAGUAUCAUGAAUUGUAAUGAAAGAAAAUGAAGAGGCACUGCCUACCACACCCAAUAUAUUGUAUAAAAUAAUGUAAUGUGUGUAAAAAAUAUAUAGAAUGUGUGUGGCAUAGCCAUUUUCUUCUCAGGCUGGCAGUGUUGUCUGUAAACCAGUGCAGUAAUGCCACAAUAUGGCCACGAAAGGGUGCUGUUCCAAUGGGAAACGAUGGUCUCAGGUGGUAAGAGUGACUUGACUGUAUGAUACAGUAUUUAUCUUGGUGUCAUCAUGGACCCAGAGGCUGCAUUUACACUGGCAGCCCAAUUAUGAUAUUGUUUUCCACUAAUUGGUCUUUUGACCAAUCACGUCAGAUCUUUUCACAUCAGAUAUUUUUCAGAGCUGAUCUGAUUGGUCAAAAGACCAAUUAUAAACAAUUUAAAAACUCAGAAGUGGGCUGCCUGUGUAAACGCAGCCAGAGUGAAAUCUUACUGCUUUACUUUCCCGUGUUAAAAUGUGACCAAGGUGAAAUAGAUGAUCCAAUAGUAUGAGAUUGAUGGUGUUAUGAUUAUGUUGUUGAAUUAGGCAGUUAGAAUGUAACCUCACAACAUGGCAGAAGUAUGUGUUAGUGUAAUGAAGAUGGUUCUGUGAUGAGUACCCUUGCCUGAAACCUAAAGACAUAUGUUUGCAUCUUGAACUGUUACCUUGGCUUUAGCUCAGUGGGCGAACACAGUCUUGUGUUGCGCAGAGGAGAGGGUUCAAACCCAGUUGUUCAAAUUAGCAACAUUGGCUGUCAGUGUAAUUCUAUGGGGACCAUGACAGGGUGAGGCAUGAUAUGUUCAGUCAUGCAGAAUGCCACAAUCACUUUUGGGUGAGUCUCGCUCCCACAGUGUGAAUAUGUGAGGUGGUAUGGUGAGGGACCAUAGAUCAACAGUAGACCUAAAGGCUAGAGUAGCGUCAAGGCACUUUUGAGUAGGUCUUUAAUGUCAUUGAACACAUGGUUUAUAACUUAUCACACCAUUUUGCACUUUGGGUUAGGGCCUAGUGUUGAGAAGUAAAAUAUCUUACUUUUUAUUUGCUUACCAGUUAACUUGGUCUUGUUGAGUAUUUGUCACUGUCAAAAAUGUAUACUGCUAUUUCUGUACAGGUUUUUACUGGACUCACUCCCCAAAGACACACUGCAACUGAAUGCUAAAACAUGCAACUUAUUUCUAUACAUUUUCCUUGAUUAGCUCUACAUAUUGUCAAUAACACUAAGAUUUUGCUCUCAGUCAAAUAUACUAAAUGGUUUGUAUCUUUUGGAGGCAUAGAGGACAAAAAUAAACACAUUUUGAAAAGAC